AUGACGAAGACAACCACUUGCAUAUAUCACUUCCUUGUUUGGAACUGGUACAUCUUCCUCAAUUAUUACAUCCCACUUAUUGGAAAGGAUGAAGAGAAGUUAAAGGAAUUCCAUGAUGGUGGACGUUCAAAGUACUUGACGCUUCUUAAUCUGCUCUUGCAGGCUGUUUUCUUUGGGGUCGCCUGCCUGGAUGAUGUGCUGAAAAGAAUCAUAGGAAGGAAAGACAUCACGAUCAUCACUUCCAUCAGAGACCUGCUUUUUACCACAUUGGUUUUUCCAAUAUCCGCUUUUAUAUUCUUGGUAUUCUGGACCCUCUUUCACUAUGAUCGAAGUCUCAUUUACCCCAAGGGUCUGGAUGAUUUCUUUCCAGCAUGGCUUAAUCACGCAAUGCAUACCUACAUAUUGCUCUUUGCACUGGUGGAAACCAUUCUCAGACCACACCACUAUCCAUCGAAGAAGCUAGGACUCACCUUGCUGGGUGCUUGCAAUCUUGCCUACAUUACCAGGGUCCUGUGGCGCUACUUUCAGACCGGAAACUGGGUGUACCCUGUGUUUGCCUCCCUCAACCCACUGGGUAUUGUCAUCUUCUUCUCAGUCACUUAUAUCUUGAGUGCCAUCAUCUACCUGCUUGGAGAGAAGAUUAAUCACUGGAAAUGGGGUGCCAGAGUGAAGCCAUUGAUGAAGAAGAAGUGACUACACACUGCUUUCCAAGAGCCAUGGAAGAAGAAACAUA